AUGAAACAUAAGUACCAUGUGCUGAUUUAUAGAAAGAAGAAAACGCAUUUGAGGUUAGAUGUGCUGCUGUUCUUCUUCUACGCCGUUUUUCUCCACUUUAUUUUGAAAAAUGACAAAUUUGAAGCGAAGCCUGGUGAUUAUGAGUACUUAGCGAAAUUGCAAAAUGAGGUGGAAGAGGCAUUUAUGUUUGGCCUCCACGAAGAGGAGAAGCAGAAACCCUUGGGGGAGCUCAAAGUGGGGGCGAGUGAAAGGAAAGACAGUAACGAGUUUAUAAAUGCGAAGGAAAAUGCUAACGGGGAAGAUAGCGCAAAUGGGGAACAAAAAGGAUCCAACAGAAAGGAAAAGGAAAACACAUUCAAGCCGAUCAUAAUAGGAAAGUACAAUCUGAUAUACUUAUUCUACAGCAGCGAGUUUGUUGGUUUACUUUUAUUUAUUUUUUUCCACCUGCUAACAUUUCUCCUAUCGCAGUGGAACUUGGACGUUAACCUAGUGGUUUCCUUCAGUCGUCUAAACAGCAGCCACAAGGACAAAUACCUGUACAACGUGCAGAACCGAUGCACGCAUGUGUAUAUUAAGCCACUCGUUAAGCGAAGUGACAAGUCGGCAGUAAACAGCAAGGAGAGGUUUAACACGGAUUACAACUUGUACAAGCCCAAAGCAGAGUUAGUUCCACUGAAAAGGGGAAAAAAUUCUACAUUUUUUUUUUACAAACAGAAAAAAUAUAUUUUCAAUUACGAAACGUUGGAUUUCGAAUCGGUAAAACAUUUUGAUAAUUUUCAUUUGUCCUUUUAUCAAAAGUGGAAGGGACUCAUAGAAUGUCAAAUGAGGGAUCUCUACGACGAUGAGAAAACCGGCACAACAUUGCGAGCGAUGGAACAAAAUGUAAAAAACAUACAGAAGAGGGGAGGCAAUGUGCACAUCCUUUUUUGCCAACUGGAUGGUUUAUAUUUAGAUAAAGCUGGAAGAUGCGCAAUGGCCCAACUGGCACAGCGCUACAAAGGGGGGAGUAACUCAUCUGAGGAAGAGAUAGAAGAUGUUUAUCAUUACAGUAUGAAAGGAAGGGGAAGCUCGAAAGGAACAAAGAUGCUACAGUCCUUUGAAGGGAGCACCACGAUACAAAGAUCAAUUGAUGCUGACGAACUAAAAAACCGAAACAGAGUGCAUCCCAGCCAAGGGGAAAGCAAACAAAAUGGAAAUCAAACAAACCCUUUUCAUUCGUAUUAUAAAAAGAGCAACUUUGAAAUUCCCUACGACAUUUUUGUGCAUAACAAUUUAGACAAGUAUGGAGAAAAUAUAUACGACAUUCCUUCCCCCUGUUUUAAGAAGCUACUUUAUGAGGCCAUGCUAUCCCCAUUUUUUAUUUUUCAAUUCUUUAGCAUCCUGCUGUGGAUGUUAGACAGCUAUUGGUACUUUGGCCUUUUCUCCAUUUUCAUAUUAGUGAUGCUGGAGGGUCAACUGAUUAACAAACGAAUAAGAGAGUUUAAUUUGAUAAACAGUAUGAAAGUCCCUCCUCAAAAUUUGUAUGUUUAUCGGAAUUUGCAGUGGAAAAUUAUCAAGUCGAACAUGCUACUUCCUGGGGACAUAUACAUUUUAUCGAAUGAGACUAGUAGUGGGGAUAAUGUGUGUACCUGCGAGACGUUGCUGUUGGAGGGGGUCUGCAUUACGGAUGAAUCGAUCCUGACUGGGGAGUCCAUACCUUUGAUUAAGGCAGCUAUUGAUAAGACGGAAGAGGAGGAAUACCUUGAGCAGGAUGGCAGCGAUAAUGAUACCUGCGGUGAUUGGGGAGGAGCAGCAGAAGAAGAGGCAGAGGCAGAAGACGGAGAAGAAGAAGGAGACCCCAUGAGGGGGGUAUCACCCAUGGAAGGAAACAAAGGAAACAAACGAAACAAACGAAACAAAGGUAACUCCAUUUUUACAAACAAAAUUGACAUAAAGAAUAAACACAAAAAACAUGUGGUGUAUGCCGGAUCGAACAUUUUACUAACAAAAAAUGAAAAUGAUCAAUUUAAUAAUAUGAAGCUACCUGUUAGUGGGUGCAUAGGCAUUGUUCUGAAAAAUGGAUUCACCACCUAUCAGGGGAAGUUAGUGAGGACGAUCAUUAACACAUCGGAGAAGGUGAACUCGUCCAGCAUAGAUUCGAUUAUCUUCCUUUUCAUCCUUCUGUUGUUUUCAUUAUCGUCAUGCGCGUAUGUAGCUUACACUGUAUUGCAAGGCACUCACGAGAGGAAUUUAUACAAACUGCUUCUGUCCGUUUCGCACAUAAUCACUGCAGUCAUCCCACCAGAGUUUCCCAUAACCUUAUCGUUAGGAGUCACCAUUUCGAUAGUCUAUCUGUACAACUUAAAGAUAUACUGCACGGAACCUUUUAGGUUGCCAUUUUCUGGAAAAUCGAACAUAUGCGCUUUUGACAAGACGGGGACGCUGACAGAGGACAAUAUGAUAAUUUUGGGACUCUUCGGGUUUGACCAAAACACGGAGAGGAUAAACGAAAUUAACGAGUCGAUUAUUGGCAAGCAGAGGGUACCCUUCCUUUCCGUAGCAGUUAUCGCGGGAUGUCACUCGAUAUGCACUGUUAACAAUAAGCUGCUAGGGGAUCCGCUGGAAAAGAAUUCCUUCCAAAGGUUGAAAUGCAUGAUGAGUAGUCUGGACAGAACGUACGUUUAUACGAAUAAUUAUCAGAGUGCGGCAGCUGCGACUUCGCAGGGAAGCCCAGAAAAGGGGGGCAAAUCCAUGGUCAUGUUUUCGAAGAAGGCACCCAACAAGACGGUUAGCGAAAAGAAAAGCCCAUUUGUGGAGAACUUCCAAAUUUAUAAGAGGUUCUUCUUUUCAUCAGAGUUACAAAGAAUGACGUGCAUCAUUUUGCACGAGGGGUAUGAGGGCGACUGGUAUGGGGAAGAGUACGAAGAAGCCGCGGAGCCCGCUACAUGCGUGGGAAGCUCUAACGGGGAAAAAAGUCCGUGUAGUGAAAAUGUGGCAACGCUAGAAGGCUUAAAAAGGAAGAAAAAAAAAAAUGACAGUAGCAAAAACGAACCGGUUAAACAGUACCUUGCAGUUAGUAAGGGAUCCCCAGAAAUGAUGAAAAAAUUUUUAAAAAAAAUUCCCCCAAAUUAUGACCAAAUGUUGAACAACUUAUCCAUUAAGGGGUACCGUGUGAUAUGUCUAGCUGCGAAUGUGUUGGACAACAAAGUAGUUUCCAAAAAUGUGAAAAGGGAAGACAUAGAGAAGGACUUACAUUUCUGUGGCUUCCUCACUUUCAUAUGCCCAAUCAAGGCCUCCACCCCUAGUUACAUCCUUGAUAUUAAGCAGGCAGGAAUUAAAAACGUGAUGAUAACAGGGGAUAAUGCUUUGACUGCGUGUCAAGUUUCGCAGGAUGUUAACAUUGUCCCGUCUAUAAAGAUUAAGGACAUACUAAUUUUAAAGCUUAGGGAAGAUUACGCCGUACAUGGGAAGAUGGCUCUCGUAAGUGGGAAGACCACAUCGACCAGUUUGACAGACGAAGGAGAUACAUUUAGCGUUUUCGAGCGCGAAAGGGCAAUCGACCUGAUACGAAACCUUCCCCUGCAAAACAAAUCCCAACAGAACGCAGCUGAGAAAUUAAUCAAAAUGAUGAAUGAGAAAAAAAACAUAAGCAACGUGGUGUACUUUAUCAAUAGGGAAAAUAAAAAAAUGCUGCCGUUUAUAGAAUGUGAGGAGUACAUAAAAUUGUGUGAACAACUUUUUACCCUCUGCAUUACAGGAGAUAUAAUCGAACAUUUUCUAAGCAGCUAUCAGAACGACUUGGCUUUAUUUGACGAGCUGAUAAAAAGAGCGCUGAUUUUUUGUAGAGUGUCUCCAAAGAAUAAAGAAAUAAUUAUAAAAACGUUGAACAAGUUAGGGAACAUAACCAUUAUGUGUGGCGACGGGACGAAUGACAUGGCGGCCCUGAAGGCGGCACAUGUUGGGGUGUCUCUACUGAGCAUAAAAAUAAGUUACAAAAGUGGUAGGCCAGAUGGUGGAGGUGCUAAUAUGGCUACACAGUUGAAUGGAGGAUGCACGAGCGCGCUCGUGGGUGACCCCCAUGUGGGCGGCUACCCCGGAGAUUUACACGGAGGGGCGACCAGGAACUACGAGCAGCGGUUGCGAAAUGCCUAUGACAACUUAAACGCUCAGUACAACGCAUCGUAUGCAAGUGGAGGAAGUAACGUGGCAAAUGCUAAGUAUUACGAACAAAUGAAAUUGUACAAUGAGAGGAAAAGGCAACUGGAGCAUAUGAUGCAAUCAAUGGACGACUCCUUGCCGCUAAUCAAGUUGGGAGAAGCAAGCAUAGCAUCUCCAUUUACAUACAAAGGAAACGACAUAAAAUGCGUGAAGGAAAUUAUUUGUUGCGGAAGGUGUGCCUUAUCAAAGGUUAUAAUGAUGUACAAGCUGAUGAUUAUCAAUUCUCUCAUAACCGCCUUCUCUGUUUCCAUUUUGACUCUAGACGGGGUCAAGUUAAGUGACGCGCAGACGACGAUUAUUUCGCUACUGUAUACAUCUCUCAUUGUUUUAAUUUCCAAGACAGCUCCUUUAAAGGACAUAUCGAAUUAUUCGCCACCCAAUUCGUUAUUCAACAUUAGCGUUAUGAGUUCUCUGAUCUUUCAAGUAUUUAUCCAUUUUUCUAUCCUAAUUUAUGGGUGGAAAUUGGCUUGUUCUUACAGACAAGCUGAUUACAUUCCAGACUUGAAAGGAGACUUCUCUCCAAAUCUGGUGAACACCUGUAUAUAUUACCUCAUUUAUUGCAUCAAUUUAUCCAUUUUUUCCUGUAAUUAUGAAGGGUUACCCUUCAUGACCCCCAUUCACAAGAAUAAAGAGAUCGUGUACAUUUUUGCUGUAAAUUUUAUCUUCCUGUUUGCACUCGUUAUGAAUAUAGUCCCCUACUUGAAUUACUUCUUUUCCCUUGUCUCGUUUCCAAAUGCGCAUCUGCAGUUUCUGUUUUUGUUUUUAAUGAUUUUGGAUAUCGUCGCGCCGUACCUCAUUUGCGGCUUCAUCAGACGCGUCAGGCUCUACGCAUUCGAGCGUUUCAGAGUCAGUUUGUAA